AUGCAACUACCUAAGACAAUUUCGACACCAGCAGCUACUGUUCCGUGUAGCACAGAUGUCCAGCUAUCAAAUGCAGCAGGUGAUGAGUACCUUAUCCAAGUGUCCUGGCCUCUAGCUUGGGAAGACAAUGUGGACUCGCGUCCAUCUGUCCCCAUAUUUUAUGUCCUUGACGGCAAUGCACAUUUCUUCACCCUCGUCGAAACGGUCCGCAGAGGUCUCGCUGUUGCAGCAAGUACCGAUGCCGUCGUCGUGGGCAUCGGCUACCCUGACUGCGGCCACUAUGUCUUUGGAAAUCGUCGAGGCUAUGAUUUGACCCCGCCCACGUCCACGUACGUGCCACCACGAAGCUGGGACGGCAAGGAGUUCACCUUGCCCCAUGGUGGAGCGACCGAGCUAUUGGACUUCAUCCAAAACAUCGUACGGCCUCAUCUGCUCAGUGAAAUCCUGCCGGGCUUCCAGCCAGUGAAGGAAGUGCUUGCUGGUCACUCUUUUGGUGGCCUAUGCGCACUGCAUGCCCUAUUCUCGCAUGCAUAUUGCUUCGAUACCUUCAUCGCCAUCAGCCCCACCAUUUGGUGGAAUGACCACUUCUUGCUGAGGGAAGAAAAGGAUUUCGUGCAGCAUAUGGCUUCGCAUUCCGGGAAACGGCCAUUGAGCUUAUACCUCUCGUAUGGGUAUUACGAGCAGUAUCCGAAGCGUCGGAAGACAUAUUCAGAUGAGGAGUAUGCAAAGAGACUAGCUCAUGCUCUGUCACUGCGCACCAACGACGAUAUUGAAGACAUGGCUGAUCGUCUGGGUCAGUCCAACCUCUUCAAUGUCGUCAAAGCUAAAGGCUACGCGGACGAAGAUCAUGGGAGUGUUGCGGCAUGUGGUCUAGGUUGGGCUGUUUGUGACGCUUUGGAUGACGAUCGGUUCGCUUGA